AUGGCAUAUCGCUCCACUCCCUGCCCGUCUGCACUUGACCAGCGUUCACGUGCCGAAGCCUUCCUGGGACGCCGACUGCGAACGGAACUCGAUCUAAUGUUACCUUCUAGAGAUAGCACAAACGGUGCAGGAGAUCUCAAAGUGGAAUCUCAAUUCAAUCGUCGAAAUGGAGCACGACGCCGCAACUUUGAGAUCAACGACGCGAUUUUUGCCAAAGAUUAUCGAAGUCAGAGACCCACUUAUACUCCCGGUUUCAUCACACGCCGUGUUGGAAACACGACCUACACUGUUUGCUGUGGAAACGAAGUAUGGACUCGACACGUAAGCCAGUUGCGAUCCAGGAUCGGCACAACUGCGACUAAUACUUUCUUGGAUGUGUUCGACUUACCGCUACUCGACUGCGCGAGAAGGGACGAAGAUGCAACGUCGACUGCCGACUCUUAUCAACGACUGCAACGCCAUCGACGACCCCGUCGACGACUACAGGUGGACCCACCAUGA